AUGAAAAAAUUUAAAAUCAAAUUGUGCCUCCUUCCCAUAUCUCUCUCUCUCUCUCUCUCUCUCUCUCUCUCUCUCUCUCAUCUAUACCUCAUCUAUACCCACAAUCUUUACUUGAUCGCCCUCACUAGCAACUCACUGGGAGUCUUUUUUUUUAAGCCCUGCUCAAAAGCAAGCGCUUCAGUACUUUCGAUUGGACAUAUGACUGAAAUGGUUGGUGGAUAUCGCUCAGAGAGUGGAGACGCCCUGGCUGGUAUUCUUGAGGGCAGUUCCAGUUCCAGUUCAAGAAUGCAAAGUUCAAUGCAUGGUACCGACUCUGGUUCCAUAACCACGGCUACAGGUCGGAUCACUAUGACGCGUACCGCGAAAGGUGUCCUUUCUAUCCACGAGGCUGACAACAAUGGUCUUUUCGUCGCAAUUGAAAACACCAGUUCCCUUCGAUCAAAAACUCCGGUGAAUUUGAAAGGAUGGAAACUGUCUCGCAAAUUCAUUAGCACCAACUUUAUGCCAGAAAUGAACAUAGAACAUCUCAUCAAAAAUGAAGUUGUUCUUGACGGGGAUCAAGUCAUCAAAAUCUGGGCUAAGAAUUGCGAAAAAGAAAGGGGUUUCAAGAAAGGUGACAUUUCCGCCAACAUUGACAACUGGGGCGACAUGAGCAGAUCUUCUGAACUGGAGUUAAUCGAUGAUAAGGGUCUUGUAAAAGCUACCCUGAGCAUUAAAGUUACCUUCUAG